GCGAUGGCGGCUGCUGAUCUGAGAGACGAGCUGAGCUGCUCCAUCUGCCUGAGCAUUUAUACUGAUCCGGUAUCCCUGCCCUGUGGCCAUAACUUCUGCCGGGGCUGCAUUGGGGGGGUGCUGGGUACCCAGGAGGGGUCUGGGGCUUAUUCCUGCCCUGAAUGCAGAGCUGAGUAUCAGGAGCGCCCUGCCCUGCCCAGGAACAGAGCUCUGGGGAACAUAGCAGAGAGGUUCCGUCCAACUGAGACAGAGCCGGGGGAGACUGGGAUCUUCUGCACUUACUGUCUCCUCUCUCCUGUACCUGCUGCUAAAUCCUGUCUGCACUGUGAGGCUUCACUUUGUAAUAAGCACCUGAGGGGGCACUGCCAGUCAGCAGAACAUGUACUCACUGAGCCCACCGCUUCCUUUAUGGGGAGAAUAUGUUCUGUACAUCACAAGGUUCUGGAGUAUCACUGCUGUGAGGACUCUGCCUGUAUCUGUGUGUCCUGCUGCCUGGCCGGGGAGCACUGGGGUCACAGGGUGGAGCUGCUGAGUGAGGCCUCUAAGAAGAAGAAAGAGAAACUGAGGAAAGUUCUGGAGAAACUGAGCCCAGAGAGAGAGGAGACUGAGAGAGGAGCCCAGAGGCUGCAGGAGCGCAGGAGAGAAGUGGCAGAAGCGGCAGCCGGUGAGACAGAGAGAGUCACUGCCCUGUUUAGGGGCAUCAGGGAAGAGCUGGAAGCCCUAGAGAAGCGACUCCUGAGUGACAUCUCCAGGCAGAAAGAGGAGCUCUCACUCACACUCGCUGAGCUGAUCCAACAGCUGGAAAUAAAGAAGGACGAGCUGUCCAGGAAGAUCCAUCACAUUGAGGAGCUGUGCAACAUGGCAGAUCCACUCACUGUCCUACAGGAACAAUGGGAAUCCCAUGGAGCUGCCUUUUGUGGGGCUGAGGGGGCAGAUAAUGAGGGCAGAGAGAGAGAGGAUAUAAAGGUCCCGGCUGUAGGGGAUCUGGAUGUGGGUUGGAUCUCAGAGACAUUACUCACAGGCUUAGCUGGGAUUGUGACUGGGGUAAAGGGAAGGAUCCCUGGGCAGGAGGCUACAGAGCUGGUACUGGAUAUAAACACGGUUGGGAAUCGUGUAUCUGUAUCAGGGGAUGGGAAAUCUGCUUCCUACUCACAUACAGACCAGCGUCGCCCACAAACCCCAGAGAGAUUUCAGGAUUAUCCUCAGGCUUUAAGCACCAGGAGUUUCCCCUCAGGGCGACAUUACUGGGAAGUGGAGGUCAGUGAAUCAGGGGGCUGGAGGGUAGGGGUGGCCUAUCCCAGUAUAGAGAGGGAAGGGGAUCAGUCCUGCAUUGGGGAGAAUAACAAGUCCUGGUGUUUGGACAGAUGGGAUAAUAACUAUACAGUGGUACAUGACAGGGAAGAAAGAGACUUUCCCCACGUCCCUUCCUGCAGGAGAAUCAGGAUCUCAUUGGACUAUGAGGCCGGACGCCUGUCCUUUUAUGAGUUGAGUGAGCCAAGCAGGCACUUACACACCUUCACUGCCUCCUUCACUGAGCCCCUUCAUGUUGCAUUCUGGGUAUGGGGGGACGGUGCCUGUGUGAGAAUCAUUAGUUAGGGCCCCGCCCAGGGAAUUUAUCAGAAAAUCUGCCUUCAGCCACUAAUUUCCUCAAUCCAAUAAUUCAAUAAUUCUUCAUUCCAUCCAUCAUUGUCCUCCCCUGUAUCCCUCUGUACCACCCCUUUCCUUCUCAGAGUGAUGUCCCCCUCUUGCCAGUGGCAGGUUUCUUAUCCGGGCCCCCCCGGCACCCAUGUGUGAUGCCCUCUCCCAACUCCCAAUAAGCAAUAAUGCAGAGUUUAGCACACUCACGCAGACAUUUAAAUUCACAUACGGAGCAGUGGGGAGGGGUCCCCAUUACUCUUUAUGGGAGCAAAAUUUCUAUGCGGCGGGGCAGCAUGUCGCCCAAAAAUUCUCUUUUUAUUCUCUUUUAUGCCCCAUGUGGAACCCUAAGAGUAAGGCCCCACAAGGUUGAUUGUCAAGUGCAUGCUGACAAUCUGCCUGUUUGCUUGGAAAAACCUAAUUGUGCCUACACCCAAAAGCAUUGAAUAACCCCCGGCGCAGGCACCUCAGGUUCCACAUGGGGCAUAAAAGAGAAUGGAGCCAAUUCAGGGAAUGAUUAAAAAAUAUCUUUUUUUUAUUAUUUUUUUUUAUUAUUUGGAAAUAUUCCUUAUUGCCUUGUAAUUUUUUUUUCUAAUUAACCCAACAGUGUCAGAUUGUGUCCCUUAUGUCUUCUAAAUUGAUUGUAAAUCCUACUAAGUCCUUCCAUAGGGACUAACAGAAAUCAGUGCAUUGCCUUUUGAUUCUAUAUUAAAUUAAUUAUUAUUAUUGUGGGAGUAGGUUCUGUACAUACCAUAGAUGGAUAGACAAAUAGACAAUUAUUUUUGUUAAUGGAACUGUAAAAUGCAGUCAUUCAGCAUUCAUUACUUUAUCCACAGAGGAGUAAUUAAUGAACAAUAAUACAGGGUUCACUCAUAGCACAGAUCAGGUACAGUGGCUUGCAAAAGUAUUCGGCCCCCUUGAACUUUUCCACAUUUUGUCACAUUACA